UUCCACUGUCUCCGGAUCGCGGGCUCACGUCACUUCGUGUCCCACGUGAAAGAAUGAAAACAUGGCUCCCACUAAGACGCAUCUAAGACAUACUUCCCCGAAAAACCACCUUCCAAAAAAGACGAAGAACCGUAAGAAAUCUCUCAGGGAUCAGCUAAGAAGCGUGCAGCGGCUUUUGCGACAGGAAAACCUUCCUGCCAACAUGAGAGUCGCUCAAGAACGCAUUCUGAACAUGCUUGAGAAAGAGCUAAGGGAUAAAGCCAAGGAGGACAGGGACAAAAAAAUAGCGAAAAAAUACAAAAUGGUGAAGUUCUUCGAGCUUAGAAAAGUCCAGAGAAAGUAUAACAAUUGCAAGAAGAAUCUUGACACAUGUACUGAGGACCAUGAAAGAAAGUCACUUGAAGAAGAACUCAAGCAAAUUCAGCAACAAUGGAAUUAUGUCACAUACUUUCCAACAGAGAUGAAAUACAUUUCUCUUUUUCCACCUACACCUUGCAAUAGUGAAGAGGCCAUCAAAAAGAAAGAUAAGAUAUUCAAGAUGAUAAAUGAAAAGGUUGAGAGUGGUGAAUUUAGGGAGGCGUAUGAUAUGAUGGCAUCACCAGGAAAAGAUAAAGUCCAAGGCAAGAAGAAAUCGCCUGGAAAGCUGCUGAACUUGAAUAUGUCUGGAGACGACAAUGAUCAAGAAACUGCCAAGCAAGUGCUUGAAGAUGACUUUUUCAUUGACACAAAGCCAAAUGUGCUAAAAGAUAAAGAAGAUCACAAGCCUGAAAAAUCCUCUAGGCACAAAGAUACUAAAUCCAAACCCACACCAGCAGCCUUGAGCUCCUUAGAAAACCGUGACCGCAAGGUAAAGAGGCUGAAAGAUAAUAGAGAAGUGGAGGCUUCAAAGAAAAUCAAGAAAGACAAGAAGCACAAGAAAACACACCAGAACCUAUGCUUCUAAAAUGAAUGAUUAAAUUGAUAUAUUAUAUUUAUGUGAUUGCUUCUUCACUCCCAUGAGCAGUGCGGCUAAGGACUUUAUUGUUAUUACAUGUCACACCUCAAAGAGGUUUAGCAUGUUUGUGUACCUUAAGUGUACUUGACUAGACGUUGAUCAAGAAUAAUGCAAAUAAUAAUUUAUAUCCUGUUGAUCUAAGUACUUUCUACUAGAAUUAUCUCCGGAAUUGUACCUGUAAAAUAUCCAUGAUAUCACCAUCUUUUAGAUAUCAAUCCCUCUUGGAAUUGCAUUUAUAUGUAUAUUGUAUACAUGUAUGUAAGUUGUGAUCCAAAUGCUUGUAAAAAGUGUAUAAUAAAAAUAUUUUCCCACAAA